AUGUCUGCGGAAACCUUUGAGUUCCAGGCUGAGAUUUCUCAGCUGCUCUCGCUGAUUAUCAACACUGUCUACUCGAACAAGGAGAUCUUUUUGCGAGAACUCAUUUCCAAUGCCUCGGAUGCUCUCGACAAGAUCCGCUAUGAGUCCCUCUCGGACCCCUCCAAGCUCGACUCGUGCAAGGACCUCCGCAUUGAUAUCAUCCCCGACAAGGAGAACAAGACCCUCACCAUCCGGGAUACCGGUAUCGGUAUGACCAAGGCUGACCUGAUCAACAACCUGGGUACGAUUGCCCGCUCCGGUACCAAGCAGUUCAUGGAGGCUCUGACGGCCGGUGCCGACAUCUCCAUGAUCGGUCAGUUCGGUGUCGGUUUCUACUCUGCCUACCUCGUGGCCGACAAGGUCACCUUCAUCUCCAAGCACAACGAUGACGAGCAGUACAUCUGGGAGUCCGCCGCCGGCGGUACCUUCACCCUGACCCAGGACACCGAGGGCGAGCCCCUGGGCCGUGGAUCCAAGAUCAUCCUCCACCUCAAGGAGGAGCAGCUUGACUACCUCAACGAGAGCCGCAUCAAGGAGGUCGUCCGCAAGCACUCCGAGUUCAUCUCCUACCCCAUCUACCUCCACGUCCUGAAGGAGACCGAGAAGGAGGUCCCUGACGAGGACGCCGAGGAGGAGACCAAGGUCGAGGAGGAGGGCGAGGAGAAGAAGCCCAAGAUCGAGGAGGUCGAUGACGAGGAGGAGGAGAAGAAGGAGAAGAAGACCAAGAAGAUCAAGGAGUCCAAGAUCGAGGAGGAGGAGCUCAACAAGACCAAGCCCAUCUGGACCCGCAACCCGGCCGACAUCACCCAGGAGGAGUAUGCCGCCUUCUACAAGUCGCUGUCCAACGACUGGGAGGACCACCUGGCUGUCAAGCACUUCUCCGUCGAGGGUCAGCUCGAGUUCCGCGCCGUCCUCUUCAUCCCCAAGCGCGCUCCCUUCGACCUGUUCGAGACCAAGAAGACCAAGAACAACAUCAAGCUUUACGUCCGCCGUGUCUUCAUCACCGACGAUGCCACCGACCUCAUCCCCGAGUGGCUCAGCUUCAUCAAGGGUGUCGUCGACUCCGAAGAUCUGCCCCUCAACCUGUCUCGUGAGACCCUCCAGCAGAACAAGAUCAUGAAGGUCAUCAAGAAGAACAUCGUCAAGAAGACCCUUGAGCUCUUCCAGGAGAUCUCCGAGGACCGCGAGCAGUUCGACAAGUUCUACUCGGCCUUCAGCAAGAACAUCAAGCUCGGUAUCCACGAGGAUGCUCAGAACCGCCCGGCUCUGGCCAAGCUUCUGCGCUUCCAGUCGACCAAGUCUGGUGACGAGGCCACCUCCCUCACCGACUACGUCACUCGCAUGCAGGAGCACCAGAAGCAGAUCUACUACAUCACCGGCGAGUCCAUCAAGGCUGUCGCCAAGUCCCCCUUCCUUGACACCCUCAAGCAGAAGGACUUUGAGGUUCUCUUCCUCGUCGACCCCAUUGACGAGUACGCCUUCACCCAGCUCAAGGAGUUCGAUGGCAAGAAGCUUGUCGAUAUCACCAAGGACUUCGAGCUCGAGGAGACCGAGGAGGAGAAGGCCGAGCGUGAGAAGGAGGAGAAGGAGUUCGAGGACCUGGCCAAGAGCCUGAAGAACAUCCUCGGCGAAAAGGUCGAGAAGGUCGUCGUCUCCCACAAGCUCGUCGGCGCCCCCUGCGCUAUCCGUACCGGCCAGUUCGGUUGGUCCGCCAACAUGGAGCGUAUCAUGAAGGCCCAGGCCCUCCGUGACACCUCCAUGAGCUCUUACAUGUCUUCCAAGAAGACCUUUGAGAUCUCCCCCAAGUCUCCCAUCAUCAAGGAGCUCAAGAAGAAGGUCGAGACUGACGGCGAGAACGACCGCACCGUCAAGUCCAUCACCCAGCUCCUCUUCGAGACCUCCCUCCUUGUCUCCGGCUUCACCAUCGAUGAGCCCGCCAGCUUCUCUGAGCGCAUCCACAAGCUCGUCUCCCUCGGCCUCAACAUUGAUGAGGAAGCUGAGGUCCCCGAGGACAAGCCUGCCGAGGAGCCCGUCACCGCCGAGGUUACCGGCGAGAGCGCCAUGGAGGAGGUUGACUAA